AUGGUUUAUAUGGAUGAUCUUACGAAGAAUAUAAAUAUGGAAGGAGGUAGUGAGAAGAAGGUGAGUGGUUUGGUUGUGGAUGAUGAGGCAGUGAAUAGACAAAUUCACAUGUCUCUGCUUAAAAAAUUGAAUGUUGAAGCUGAGGCAGCUGAAAAUGGAAAGGAAGCAGUGGAGGCUUUCCAAGGUGGGGCUUCUUUUGAUCUUGUUCUUAUGGACUUGGAAAUGCCUGCCAUGGAUGGACUUCAGGCAACAAAGGAGCUGAGAAGGAUGGGGGUUAAAAGCAAGAUAAUUGGAGUGACAGGACAUGGCCCAACCUCUGAGAAGAAAGCUGCUUUUAUGGAGGCUGGUCUUGACCAUUGCUUUAUGAAGCCAUUGACCAUUGAAAGCCUUCAAACUCUUCUCCAAUAA